AUGGGGGAUAGCAGCAAUCGUAGUUUUAAACUAUUUGGUGUUAAGAUCAGUAAUGAUGAAAAAAAGAAAGGAAAAAGAUGGAGUGAAGAGGAACAUCGGGCGUUCUUGUGUGGAUUGGAGAAACUAGGAACAGGAAAUUGGAGUGAAAUCGCUAAACAGUUUGUGCCAAGCAGAACGAGAACACAAAUUUCGAGUCAUGCUCAGAAAUAUUUUGCAUGGCAAAAGACUAGGAAUGACAAAGCAGCGAAAUCAACAAGUAAUGUGGAGUUGUCAUCGUCUACUUCAGGGAAAGAAGAAAGACCACUUUCACCAAUGCCAAUCAGUUACAAUGAUUCUAAUAAUGGGGACUCAGUGAAUUUACUAUCAAGGAAGCAGGAAGGAAAAUGGACUGAAGAGGAACACGAAGCAUUCUUGAUUGGAAUGGAGAAAGUGGGAAGAAAUUGGACUAGAGUUUCCAAGGAGUUUGUGCUAAGUAGGACGCCAACGCAAAUCACGAGCCACGCUCAGAAAUAUUUUGAGGGUCUAAGAAACGACAGAGGACCCAAACGCAGUGUCUUUGACAUCACUUUGGAACGACAAUCCACAACUACUUGUCCAGAAUCUGUCACGAAAGCCAAACAAGUCUUGAAAUGA